UUUGGCGGUGAAUUAGAUACAAAAUUUUAAACUUUCAAAAUAAAAUUAAUUUUAUCAAAUUAUUGUAAACUCUCAUUAACAAUAACAGAUUUGUCUGAGUACCGAUUACUUUUCGUCUUCAAGUAACAUAUAAAACAAAUGGCAUCCAAUAGUAUGAUACAAAGAACUACCUUAACAGAUGAAGAUUAUGUUGUUAGUCCACCAAAAAACUGCGACUUAAUGGUUACUGAAGUCAAACAAAUGAUUGACUCCCAGAGUCAAUUUACAAAUGAGGAAUUGGUUUGGGUAUCUAUUGUAUAUAAACAAUCUGUUAGCAGACGCCGUGAAUCUUGGAAUUCUAUGAAAACUGCACUUGAUAAAGAGAAGGAUACAGGCAACAUUGGAAAGGUCAAGAAAGCUAAAUCAUUGCUUAAAGAUAUUGAAAACGAAAUACGUUUCUAUUGUAACGAUAUUCUACACAUACUACAGAAGAAGUUUAUACCAACUGCCACUAGUAAUAGUAUGAAGGUCUUAUGCUAUAGACUAAUGGGUGAUUAUAACCAAUAUCUAGUAGAGCUUGAAACUGAUGACUUAAGAAUUGAAAUGUGUAAUAAUGUUUUAGAUGCUUAUAAUGCCGGGUAUGAAUUAGCCUUAGAACAAUUGGAUGCCGGGAGUCAUGAGUAUUUGGCUUUAGUUCUAAAUUAUUCUGUAUUUGUGUAUAAAACUCUAGGGAAUCAUAAAAAAGCUAUAGAAAUGACUAUAAUUGUACGUAAUGAUGUUGCAAGCCAAAUAAAUCCAAAAAGUCUAAGUCCGAAAGCGCUCGAUGUUCUCAAAAUUAUGGAUACAAAUAUGCUUAAAUGGGGUGGGUUACAUGUGGAAGCUGAAACAGAUCCACAAGGUACGGCGAAACCCUAUCAUGCAUCUUUCUAAGUAUUCACUGUUACUAAACAAUAAUUUGAUAAAAUAGUCAUAUUUCAGUUUAAUUUAAUAAUAAAAGUUAUA